AUGAAUAUUACUUGCCUUAAAACUCUUGCAUUAAAUAUUCUUAAAAAUGGCUCUCCCGAAACUAUUGCAAGCGGUGUUGAAGUUCCUGAACUAGAUUCGUGUUCUAUAUGCAAUGAAGAAAUUUUUUUGCACAUACUUAAAAAAUCAUUCACCGUAUUAACAUGUGGUCAUACUGUACACCGUCUUUGUCUUAAGAACCUUAGAGAAACUAUGUUUACAUGUUCUGUCAAUAAUUGUAGCACAGAAAUCGAAAUUAUUGAAAAGUCACCACUAAUGCGAGCUCCAACACAAAGAAGUAUGAGCAUAGAUGAAGGAUCACAAGAC